GCCAUGGUUAUUUGGGGUUCCGAAGCGCUUGCUUGUCAUUUUGCUCUCGUUGUUCGAUGAAGCAGGUGUGACAGUCAGCAAAAAUCAAAAUCAUGAACAAUUAUUCUGGAAUAUGCUUAGUGUUCUUUUUUGCAAUAUUUGGAUUGGGCUCUGCCAUCCUCUGUGUCAAAUGCAAGGAUUACACAGGGAGCUGCACAAAAACACAGGACUGUAGUUAUGAUGAUGCCUGCCUGACACUGACUGAGAGAGGGGGACAGACGUAUCGGCAGUGCAUCAAGUACUCUGACUGCGACUACAAUCGACUGGCCCAGAUGUUCCCAGCUGUACCAAACUUCUCCUACAAAUGUUGCACCGGUGAUCUAUGCAACGGAGCCGCAUCCAUUGGUACUGGCAAGCCCUUGCUGGGCCUUCUUGCCUCAUUGGCAGUGAUGUGGUGGUGUAUGCACUAACCUCUCCUCACACUUACGCCUUAGAAGCUCUAAUGCUGCCAUUCGACUGAACAGAAGCCACUGAUGGAACGGCAAGCAGGAAGAUAUGGGUUAAUGGCUCAUGCUGAAAUUCUGCCGUAUUAGUAUUUGCCUGAUUUACUGCUGCACAUUUCUGAUAUCGAAUUUGACUCUUUGCACUAAUUGGAUUUUUAAAGCUUUCUAUGAUAACCUAUUUGUUGAUUACCAAUGCUUUGUGCUUCAGCCCAAGUCUGAAAAUAAGAAACGUGCUCACAGCUCAUAAGUUUGAAAAGGGUGUAUCAUUCAAACAAUCCUCUUUUGAGGCUAGUAAAAUAGACUUUUGGCACUUAACAAUUUCCAUCUAAGGGGGUUUACUAUAGGUUGUCUAUAGUUUACCGACCAAAGUUACUGUAAUGUGCUUAAAUGUAAGGGAUCAUUUGAGAAAUGUUUUGAGUUUUUGUGUGUGUCUGUGAUUGAGUGGACAAAGUAUUGUAUAAUUGAAAAUGCAAAUACUGUAGAAUUCAUGAUGUGGAAUUUAGAACUGAAGGUUGAUCCAUUUGGGAGAGACGUUUGUUCACACACAAUGCCUUCACUGCUCUUAUACUGCCUAGCGGCAUACCCUGUUCCAUAACAUUGCUUUUCCUGUUUAAUAGGAACCUAUUAAACCAACCUGUCUUUUUUAAAGGGCACAGUAAAGACCUUUUUUUGGAUUAAAUAUUUCACGUGGAUGGGGUUGUCUUUUUAUUUGAAUCUCCGGCCAAUAAAAAGAAAUACUGCCAAAUAAGACA